UCUGUACUUAUAUAUUAGAAGUGAAUCUAUUGUGGUCUAUUGAUGAAGGAUUAACAGGGACAUGCUACAUUUAUAAAUACAGUUCAUUGAGAAAAUGUCUGGUAAAAGCAUUAUGGAGGACAAUACUCAAGAAAUCCAAUAUUGCUUUCCGGAUAACAAUUUUUCAUGUGUCAAAGAGAUUAUGCCUAAAGUGGAAUAUGUAAUUUUGUACAUUUUCAUUUCUUUAUUAGCAGUGUUUGCUGUGUUUCUAAACCUGCUGGUGAUCAUCUCCAUCUCUCACUUCAGGCAGCUUCACACUCCAACUAACAUGAUUGUUCUCUCUCUAGCUGUAGCUGAUCUGAUUGUGGGACUGAUUGUUAUACCUUUAAUGGGCAUUAGGUACAUAGAAUCAUGCUGGUACUUUGGAGAGGCAUUUUGUUUUCUAUUUUUAUUUGUUAUUUUUAUGGUCGUUACAGCAUCUCUUGGUAAUUUAGUGUUUGUAUCUUUAGAUCGUUACAUUGCUGUGAGUGAUCCUCUGAGAUAUACAGUAAGGGUCACGACUGAUAGAAUUGUUAUUUGCAUUGUUAUAAACUGGCUUUGCUGUGGUGUAUAUUCUUUUAUUAUAUUGUACAAUACUAUGUUCUACUCAAAGACACUAGACAGGUGUUAUGGACACUGUACAAUUUUUUUCAAGUUUGAACAUUUUGUCACAGACCUUCUUGUCACUUUUGUCGCCCCUUCUUGUGUAAUUAUGUCUAUAUAUGUGAAGAUUUUUUGUGUUGCAAAACAUCAGGCAAAGGUGGUAAAUUCUGUGACAGGGGUCAGCAAGUCACAGCGAAAGGCAGGAAAAACUCUGGGUAUUGUUGUAAUUGUUUUCUUUAUGUGUUGGAUACCAUAUUAUAUAGUCACUCUUAUUGAAGGAAAUGAACUAACAGAAUCUGUUGAACUUAAUGUAACCUGCUGGAUUUUGUACAUGAAUUCCUGUAUGAAUCCACUCAUCUAUUCUCUGUUUUAUAAAUGGUUUAGAAUAUCAGCCAAACACAUUCUAACACUAAACAUUUUGAAACCAUCAUCAGAAUACUUCAAUCUUUUCCCUGAGGAUAAAUGAUAAAUUUAUUCUGAAAACUGGGGGGAAAAAAAUCUUGUUUCUUUGUGCAGUGUUCAUUAUUUUUAUGUUUAAAUGUAUUUUGUGUACAUCACCAAGUAAAAGUUUUACCUGAUGAAUGUUGGUAAAUGCAUAACUUUUAUAGAUUCACUGCAAACAUGAGUUUAAUUUAAUGCAUAUGAUUAAAUAAAGGCAGAGUAAGUUUGUUCUCAUA